AUGGCGUCGGCCGAGGUGGGAAUCCCGCGCCGCGAACGUGAUCGUGAUCGUGGCGAUCGCGGCCCGCGCGGCGGCGGCAACCCUCGUCGCGAGGGCGGCGACUCGUACCGUCCCGGCGGCCACGCGCGCUCGCGCGCUCGCACCCCUCCCCCGGUCCCGACCGAGGAGCAGAAGCAGGCGGCCGCCAAGGCCGAGUACGAGAAGCUCCUGACGAUGCGCUCCGGAGGCACGUACAUCCCGCCCGCGCGCCUGCGCGCCCUGCAGUCGCAAAUCACCGACAAGACCAGCAAGGAGUACCAGCGCAUGGCGUGGGAGGCGCUCAAGAAGAGCAUAAACGGUCUCAUCAACAAGGUCCACACGGCCAACAUCAAGCACAUCGUCCCCGAGCUCUUUGGCGAGAACCUGAUUCGCGGCCGUGGCCUGUUCUGCCGCUCAAUAAUGAAGGCGCAGGCGGCCAGCUUGCCGUUCACACCCAUCUACGCGGCCAUGGUCGCCAUCGUCAACACCAAGCUCCCUCAGGUGGGCGAGCUCCUCGUCAAGCGCUUGGUAAUGCAAUUCCGCAAGGGCUUCAAGAGAAACGACAAGUCGGUCUGCUUGGCGUCUACGACAUUCCUCGCGCACCUGAUCAACCAGCAGGUCCAGCACGAGAUGCUUGCCGGCCAGAUCCUUCUCCUUUUACUUAACAAGCCCACGGAUGACAGCGUCGAAAUCUCUGUCGGCUUCUGCCGCGAAGUCGGCCAGUUCCUCGAAGACAUGCGGCCCACGAUUGCCAACGUCAUCUUCGACCAAUUUCGCAACAUCCUGCACGAGGCCGGCAUCGACAAGCGAACACAGUACAUGAUCGAGGUCCUCUUCCAGGUGCGCAAGGACCGCUACAAGGACAACCCGGCCGUCAAGGAGGAGCUCGACCUCGUCGAGGAGGAAGAUCAAAUCACGCACCAGGUCGAGCUCGACGGCGAAAUCAACGUGCAGGACAGCCUGAACAUUUUCAAGUUUGACGAGCAAUAUGAAGAGAAUGAAGAGGCAUACAAGAAGCUCAAAGCAGAAAUCCUGGGCGAGGCCAGCGACGACGAGGACGACGAGGACGAUGGCGAUGAUGACAGCUCCGAUGAUGAGGAGGACCAGGAAACCAAGGAAAUGGAAAUCAAGGAUCAGUCCAACGCCGACCUGGUCAACCUGCGACGCACCAUCUACCUGACCAUCAUGUCGAGUGCCGACCCGGAAGAAGCCACGCACAAGCUCAUGAAGAUCAACCUGCCCGUGGGCCAAGAACCAGAGAUGCCCUCCAUGAUUGUGGAGUGCUGCUCGCAAGAAAAGACGUACACAAAAUUCUUCGGCCUGAUUGCGGAGCGCUUCGCCAAGAUCAACCGCCUCUGGUGCGACCUGUUUGAGCAGUCGUUCCAGAAGUACUACGAGACCAUCCACCGCUACGAGAACAACAAGCUGCGCAACAUUGCCAUGCUGUUCGGCCACAUGUUCGGCUCCGACGCCCUGGGCUGGCACUGCCUGUCGGUGAUCCACCUCAACGAGGACGAGACGACGUCCAGCAGCCGCAUCUUCAUCAAGAUCCUGUUCCAGAGCAUCGUCGAGGAGAUUGGCGUGCCCAAGAUCAAGUCGCGCAUGGCCGACGAGGUGCUGCGCCCCAGCCUCGCGGGCCUCUUCCCCCAGGACAACCCCCGCAACAUCCGCUUCUCCAUCAACUACUUCACCAGCAUCGGCCUCGGCGCCCUCACCGAGGAGAUGCGCGAGUUCCUGCAGAACAUGCCCAAGCCCGCGCUCCCCGCGCCGGCGGCCGCGGCGCGCGGCGACGACGAUUCGGACUCGGACUCGGUGUCGAGCUACUCAUCGCGCACCGCGUCCUCGUACUCGCGCUCGCGAUCCCGAUCCCGCUCGUACAGUCGCUCCCGCAGCCCGCGCCGCAUCGGCAACGAUCGCGGCCGCUCGCUGUCGCGCACCCCGUCUCGGCGCAGCCGCGGCGAGUCGUACUCUCGCAGCCGCUCCCGCUCCGCUUCGUACAGCAGCCGCGGCCGCACCAGGAGCCGCUCCUUCUCCGACGCCGGUGACCGCAAGAGGCGGACACCCUCCCGGUCGGCAACCCCGCCUCGCCGUGCCCGCCGCGGGGCUCCCUACAGCCGCUCGCGCAGCCGCUCCUACGACUCGUACAGCGACGCCUCGCGCUCUCGGAGCCGCUCCCGCUCGGCCCCGCCUCCUCGCCGCCGCGAGCGCGACGCCAGCUCUCCGCCGCCGCCGCCACGGCGCGGGAACAGCUCGUCGGUCAGCCGCAGCCCUGCCCCCCGCAAGCGCGGUCGUUCACCCUCGCACUCCCGCUCGCCGUCCCGUUCGCGCUCGCCGCCCGCUCGUCGCGUCCGGGCCGAGGAUCGCAGCCUGAGCCGCAGCCGGUCACCGCCGCCGCGACGCGGCGGCGACGGUAGGCGACGGUCGUCGAGCCCCGCGGCGGCGAAGCGGCGACGGGCCAACAGCUCCAGCGUUUCCCGGUCGCCGCCACCUGUCAAGCGUGGCCGUCGUGGGAGUUGA